CCCCGGAGGGGGGAGGGCGCUUCCUGCUGCCAUUCGGGCCCGGUAGAGAGACGGAAACAGAGCGGAGACGGGGGGAGAGACCGAUCCCCUCCCAGUGCCAGCCCCCUUCCCCACUGGCCACCGCAGCCUUCCUGCAGCCCUGGCCUUUGUUAGUCGGAGCACGCUCUGCCCCAGCCGCCCGCAUCAGCGCCCCCUCGAAAGCGGUCAAGACUCACUGCCAUGGCCGAGGAACCUGCCACUAUUUGUUUCAAUGAAGAGGAUUUUUACUGUCCCGUGUGCCAGGAGGUGUUCAAAACGCCUGUGAGGACAGUAACCUGCCAACACGUCUUCUGCAGGAAAUGUUUCCUGACAGCAAUCAGAGAAAGUGGAACACAUUGUCCUCUAUGCCGUGGAACUGUGACUAAAAAAGAAAGAUCAUGUCCCAAAAGGGCUCUGGAUGUUGAAAACAACAUGAAGAAGCUUUUUGGGUGUUGUAGAUGCUGUGAAAAACAGGUUAGGUUUUCUCGCAUGAGACACCAUUAUAAAACAUGUAAGAAGUAUCAGGAUGAAUAUGGUGUUCCUUCUAUUGUUCCAAACUUUCAGAUUUCCCAAGAUUCAACUGGGAACAGUAAUAGGAGUGAUACAUCUACAUUUGAUAACGGAGAGAUGGCUAAUCUUCAGACACUUCAGGGAGAUGCAAGUGCACAUCCCACAUUCAAGUGCCCCCUGUGUCAGGAAACCAACUUAACCCGGCAACACCUACUGGAUCAUUGUAACAAUAGACACCUUUAUCAGAUAGUUCCUGUCAUUUGUCCAAUUUGUGUGUCUCUUCCAUGGGCAGAUCCCAGUCAGGUUACUAGAAAUCUUGUUAGCCAUCUAAAUCUAAGACACCAGUUUGACUAUGGAGAAUUUGUGAAUCUUCAGCUUGAUGAAGAAACCCAGUACCAAAAUGCUGUUGAAGAAUCUUGUCUUGUGACUAUUUAAAGUGUAGGUCCUCUGCAUCUUACUGCACUCUGAGGGAAAAGCUACAUGAAUCCAAUCAGUAAUCUGAAAUGUAUAUUAAUAAAAAGGGAAUUCAGUAUCUUUUUUUCUUCUUUCGGGUUAAAUAUCUUUUCCAAGAACAAGAGUUUUUAAAAUGCUUUUUGAUUAGAAAAAAAAUGGAGUAAAUUUUAUUACUAUAUUUCUUAAUUCUACAUAAUUGAUCGUACAGCUAUUGGAAAGGUGUUGAGAUCUUUUACUUUUAGUGGGGACCUUGCUGGAGCUAUUCACUGGUGUCUUUUGAUUUCUGUGUACAUUUUCAUGGUUUUGUUGAUUUUGCAGUUAUAUUUUUGUUAAUGCCAAAUUUGGGGCGGGAGGUGGGAAUCAAAGGCAAAGAUGCUGUUUUGCACUUUGCUUUUUAUAGUCAGGGUUUCAUUUGCAAAAUUAUAUCUUUGGGAGAAUAUUUGUGUAUAACUUUUGUUUAAAGUUGAAGUGAUAUUUUUACUACCAUAAUUUCUAAUAAUAAAAGUGAAAAUGGCCAAUUUGGAAAGUUUGAAAUAGUUCUUUUCAAUAAUGCAGCAUUUUAGAGCAGAUUGGUUUCACUUACAUCACUAAGAAGGAAUGCUAUCAUGGCCUGAAGGAAAUUAUUUCUAUUUUGUUGAUUCUCUGGUAUAUCACUAAAAUAGGACAUCUUGCUUCCUGGGCGGAGAGGCUCAGAGCUCUUCCCAUGCACCCUGCAAACUGGUGGGGAGAGGAAGUGCUUUGUGUCACUUGACAGAGUGCCUUGUGAAUGAUUUAAAGAUAACAUGCAAAGAAAAAAAGUGUCUUUUUGAUAAAAAGGCCAGAGUGUUUUGCAUAAUUUUACAUAAUUUACAUAGUUUUUCAUGUUAGUUACAUUAGAAAUCCAGGUUGUGUCUACCAUGAAAAACAGGGAAGACAUUAAACUUGAAAACUGGUAGAAUUAGGACAUAAUUGGUAUCAAGGCAUUGAUAUAUGUUUUGUCAGUCGUUUAAAACUUUAACAUAUGUUGUAAACCUGAAUAAGCAGUUGAGAGGAAAAAAAAUCUUGCUGAGAAGAUUCACUAUCUCCAUACCGUACACUAAGGGCUGCGAAAAUUCGCAUUCUAGUUCUCCCUCCAAGAUGACCUCCAACAAAAACAGGGAAGGCAAGACUUGAUAUUCCCACAGUUUUAAAAACACCAACUUUUAUUUUUAAGUUUGGACCUUUAUAUAUAAGAACCAAAAAGCCCUGUUUUGUUCCCUUGCAUGCCCCUUGAGAAAUGGCUCUAUCAGGUGUAUGGCGAAUUCCCAAGGCUGGGAGAAAUAGGAUGUUUCCAAAUACACCUCUACUCUGAUAUAAUGCUGUUCUCGGGAGCAAAAAAAAUCUUACCGCGUUAUAGGUGAAACCAUGUUAUGUCGACCUUGCUUUGAUCUGCCAGAGUGCGCAGCCCUGUUCCCCCGGAGCACUAUUUUCCACGUUAUAUCUGAAUUCGUGUUAUAUUGGGUCAUGUUUAUAUCAAGGUAGAGGUGUAGUCAAUUGGGACACAAUAUUUUUCCCCUAACCCAUAUCCCUAACUGUCAUUAUUGUACAUGGGUGUUGUGUACAUAAAGAGAACAUUCAGUAAUUUUGCUGUGCAGCUAGUGAUCUGAGUAAUGGUAUUGUCUAAGCACAAGCAACAGUACAGAUGGCAUUCAGGUGGCUAACUCAUUUGUGCCUUUGGAAAACCUCCACCUAAAAGGUAUGUGAUGCUAUUUCCAAACGAAGUAAUCUGGAGAAUGCAAUGCAUUUUCCUUAAGUGCUUCAUAUUCCAGAUCUGUCCAGACUGGAAUGUAUGUAAAGACCAGAACCUACAGUGGGUAGGGGAGAGAGGGCGGUAUAUAGAGCUAUAAUGCCGGAUAUAUAUGAAUUAUUUGAAAUGUUUAUUCUUUAUUUGAAAGUGUAAAUGAAUGCUGUACUAUCUCUCCUGCUGGAUUAAAUUGCCAAAAAUGUAGCAGAAUGGGCUAUUUCACAGAUCCCCUAAAGUUCUAGCCUGUUUACAAUAUCUUAAAAUGUGAGGGAGGGGAUUAAAUUUCAAGGUAUUCUGCUGCUAAAAAGUUUGUAAUUUUU